UUUCAUUUCAAUUAGGCUGUUCUCUAUACCCUCUUCUGGUUCCUCACCCCCUCAAGCCUGUGCAGUUGGAACAGCUUAUGUGUAUCAGUAGAGGUUUUCCAAAGUGAGUCGUGACUAGGCCACACGUGGUGAAGUUUGUCUUUAAUCAAAUGCACACCUCCUGUAUACAGUGCAUUUCUUCUGGAUACCUUUUGUUAACAUAAACCGUGAUGUUUUCUUUUCUCUCGAGGACGAGUUAGUCCUUUCACAUAGAGCAGCCCUCAGCACUGGCAGACCUUUCUCUCCUGUCUUUGCCGAGGCUUCAUUUCACCGUGGCUCCACCUCUGGCUCUCUCAGUUCUCCAUUGCUGAGUUUUUCUUUGUCCGGUUUCCCAUCUACGUGUUUUGGUUACAUUUCAGCUCUCUGAACGAGCGGUUUUGAGAGCAGUUGGAGGCACGGCGUGCACCACUUCCUGCCUCUGCAGUCCCUGUGGCUGUCACGCAGCUCGCCUGGUCACCAUCUGCAGCGGGCUCGACCGUGGGACGUGCCACCACAGCCCGGCUGCCCUCUGCUUCUCAGAAGGCGUUUGAGUUUGCAGUUCCUGGUCUGCAGGAGCCUUGCAGAGAAGGUUGAGAUGGUCCCUCAGCUGCCACGAAGGGCAAAAUGUAUGGAGUAGCUUGUGUGGGUGCUCUGUUGUCUCUUAAUUUCCUUUAAUGGGGAGGGAAAGACCAGUUUGAGCCUGGCCUGGUUUCCAGUGUGCGUUGCAUCAUGUGCCCGUUGGACUGGCAGGUAAAAAGGCAAGUUGAGACUGAAGAGUGGUUUCUGACAGCCAGCUUACCUUGUAUAGGUGUUGUCCUGGGGCCAUCUUACAGAAGUCUACUCUGUGAAGUUUUUGAAGUUCUGUGUUCAGAAUUCAUAUCUGAAAACCUUGGCUGUAGGACUUUGAGACAUAUUUGCUAAUUUAUAUUCUAGCAGCUCUGAUUGACGUGUGUCUUGGUUAUGUUUAUUAGUUUACUAGUCUUGUAAGUCUAGUGGUGAGCACAUGGAAUUAUGGAUGUUUUCACUGGCAUCAAUAUUCAUAAGUAGCUACCAGCAGAGACCUCCAGACAGGAAGCUGUGCCGCAGACUGGCAGAAUAGGAAGAUCUAGAGAGAAAAGAGAUGGCAGUUCCUCCCUGCGUUUAAGUAGGCUUUGGGUUUUGUGCUCGUGAUUUAACAGAUACCUUUUUCUUUAUGCAGGGCUGUAAUCGAAGUACAAGAUGGCAAAAACCAGCCAUAGCAACUAUGUCCUUCAGCAGCUAAACAAGCAAAGAGAGUGGGGCUUUCUGUGCGACUGCUGCAUCGCUAUCGAUGAUAUUUAUUUCCAAGCACAUAAAGCAGUCCUUGCUGCCUGCAGCGCCUAUUUUAGGAUGUUUUUUAUGAACCAUCAAAACACUACAGCCCAGCUGAAUCUAAGCAACAUGAAGAUUAGUGCUGAAUGCUUUGAUCUUAUUUUACAGUUCAUGUAUUUAGGAAAAAUUAUGACAGCCCCUGCCAAUUUUGAGCAAUUUAAAGUGGCCAUGAACUAUUUACAGCUAUAUAACGUACCUGAGUGUCUAGAAGAUAUACAGGACACAGACUCAUCUAGUUUAAAAUGUUCAUCUCCUGCUUCUAGCACCCAGACUGGUAAAAUGAUAUUUGGUGUGAGAAUGUAUGAAGACGCACUUGCUAGAAAUGGCAGCGAAGCAAACAGGUGGGGCAUGGAGCCACCAAGUUCAACGGUAAAUACGUCCCAUAACAAAGAGCCUGAGGAAGAAACUUUGCAGCUCAACAGCUUCCCUGAGCAACUGUUUGAUGUCUGCAAAAAAAGCACCACGUCCAAAUUCUCUCACACGAAAGAGCGCGUGUCACACUCGCGCCGGUUUGGAAGGAGCUUCACCUGCGACAGCUGCGGGUUUAGUUUUAGCUGUGAAAAGCUACUGGAUGAGCAUGUGUUAACAUGCACCAACAGGCAUUCCUACCAAAGUGCCAGGUACUACACUGCUGAGAAAAUAGACUUUAGUGAAAAGAACUCUACUUCUAAAAUGAUCUCCACACAAACAGAAAAGUACAAGGGAGACUCGAACCACGCUGCGGACGAUUCAUCGUCUCCCGUGUCAAACGUCACGAGCAGAAAAAGCAGCACGGUUGCCUCUGAGACAUCAGGUGAAGAAGGAAGUAGAGCCUCUGAGAGGAAGAGGAUUAUCAUCAAGGUAGAGCCAGAGGACAAUCCUACAGAUGAGCUGAAGGAUUUUAAUAUUAUCAAGGUGGCAGAUAAAGACUGCAAUGAGUCUUCUGACAAUGACGACCUAGACGAUGAACAAGAAGAGCCGCUUUACAGAUACUACGUCGAGGAGGAGAUGAGAGAGAAGAGAAAUGCUCGGAAGACUCUAAAGCCUCGUUUAUCCAUGGAUGAGGAUGAAAGAAAGUGUUUGAAAAGUCCACGGCACCUUAACAGCAAGGCUCCUUCAGUGCAGGAGGAUGUGGAGAAUGCUCCCUGUGAACUUUGUGGGCUAACAAUCACUGAGGAAGAUUUGUCCUCUCAUUAUUUAUCCAAACACAUAGAAAAUAUAUGUGCUUGUGGCAAGUGUGGUCAAAUACUGGUCAAAGGCAAGCAGCUACAGGAUCAUGCACAGACUUGUGGAGAACCCCAGGAUCUGACCAUGAAUGGGAUCAGAAAUUCUGAGGAGAAAAUGGACUUGGAAGAAAACCCCGAGGAGCAGUCAGAAAUAAGGGACAUGAUGUUUGCAGAGAUGCUAGAGGACUUCAGGGACAGUCACUUCCAAAUGAACAGCCUUCAAAAAAACCAGUUGUACAAGCAUUCUGCCUGUCCUUUCCGAUGCCCUAAUUGCGGCCAGCGUUUUGAUACUGAAAACCUAGUGGUUGAACAUAUGUCAAACUGCCUGGAGCAAGAUCUGUUCAAGAACUCCAUGCUGGAAGAGAACGAGAGGGAUCACAGGCGUAAGCAUUUCUGCAACCUUUGCGGGAAAGGAUUUUAUCAGCGUUGCCACUUGCGGGAACACUAUACCGUUCAUACCAAGGAAAAACAGUUUGUUUGUCAGACAUGUGGGAAGCAGUUCUUAAGAGAGCGCCAGUUGCGGCUCCACAAUGAUAUGCACAAAGGCAUGGCCAGUAGUGAAAUAGGGACUUCUAAGCUUCUGAACAACUGAGAGAACCAGAUUUGGAGAAGACAUGAGGAAGAACUGGUCGGCAAAAGAUUUCAUAAAAACUCAGAACCUCGUGUGCCAGAUCUGAAUUGGCACCACCUUUGCUUUUUUGACAUACUGCAGCAGUCGCAAAAGGCACCAAAGCAGUCAAAUUAGAACAUGCAGUAAAAGUUGUUUUGGACUCUUCUAUGUAUCAUAAAUCUUACUUCCUUGUGACUAUUACUUACAGCUGUAAAAAACAAAUUUGAAGUCUUUCAUGCAGCAGACAGCCAAAAGAGGCAGAUGCCAGGUGUUAAGGGCUGCACUGAAAUGAAUUUGCAAAAUUUCUAUUCACAUGCUGGAGUGCUUCUUUUCUGAAAUGAGGCUUCUUAGAGUUGCUGUCAAAAACUGUGUAGAUUUUUUAGUUCAUACAUUACAAGUGUAUACUCAUGCACAAUGCUAAACUAUCAAGUGUU